CAACCUGGUUUACCAAACUUUGAGAUGACUUAUGAAAAGGACCCCUUUGGAUUAAAAUUUAAAUCACAACCCUUAAGUACAGUAUAUGGGUACCAGUUACCGAAAGAUGAUAAACAGAAGAAUACUACAAAAAGAUUUAUCACCCACAAGCAUCGUGAAUGCACCUGGGAUUCAAAACUAAUUUUGACAAAAGCCCCAUGGCCUGUUAGAUCUGCUUCAUAUACAAGACAUAGAAGGCAACGUGAUGCGUACAGUGCAUUUAUGGAUCGUGUGGAAGAAAAGUUUACAAAGAUAUGCAAGAGCAGCUCCGGGAUCUGGGGAAGAGAAUGUUGCCUCUUGUUUCUCUCUUUCUGCACCUGUCUCAAUCACACUCCAUUGUUUCUUGGUCUGCCUUUUAUCUCCAAGGUGUUGGUGUCUAGAGGAGAAAUGGAAGAAACAGGGGCAAAAAGCCCAGAUAGCUGAAGGAACCAAAACAGCAUAGGGCUUCCUGAACUCUGGCCUGAAUGUUCAUCUCCCGUGCAUUUCCCAGUGAGAACAUUGAUGAAUUCUGGCACCUUCCUGGAUUCUACGGAAAUCUGCACUCUCCCACAGGCUUGAGAAAGUGCUAAAACAACAAAUGAAAGUUGCAUAAUUUGAAAUUCCCUUGUUACUGCAUGGAUCAGAAUCCAAUC